ACCGGAUCCCGCCGUGAGUAUAUAACGAGGGACAGUGUCUUUCGAGCCUAAGCUUAUCUCCUUCGUCCCUUCACCCAUCUCUCGUCCCGAAAUGCCCAAAGCUGUUGUUCUCGGUGCCGCAGGUGGAAUCGGCCAGCCCUUGGCCCUCUUGCUCAAGUCAAAUCCCUUGGUCACCGAGCUCGCUUUGUACGAUAUUGUCAAUACCCCCGGUGUUGCCGCCGACUUGUCCCAUAUCUCUACCCCAGCCAAAGUCGAGGGUUACCUGCCUCCCAAUGACGGUCUCAAGAAGACUUUGACGGGCGCUGACAUCGUAGUCAUCCCCGCUGGUGUCCCCCGCAAGCCCGGUAUGACAAGGGACGAUCUCUUCAAGAUCAACGCUGGCAUCGUCCGUGACUUGGCAACUGGCAUCGCAACGGCUGCUCCUAAGGCUUUCGUCCUUGUGAUCUCGAACCCUGUCAACUCGACUGUGCCCAUUGUUGCCGAGGUUUUCAAGAAGCACGGCGUUUUCGAUCCCAAGAGGCUAUUCGGUGUCACGACAUUGGACGUCGUCCGUGCCUCGACUUUCGUAGCUGAGAUUCUUGGCGACCUUGGCAAAGCGCCCUCGGUAGUCGUUCCAGUCGUUGGCGGCCACAGCGGUGUCACGAUCGUUCCGAUACUCUCGCAAUCCUCCCACCCUCUACCCUCCUCCUUGUCUUCGAGUGACCUGGAAGCAUUGACAAAGCGUGUCCAGUUCGGCGGUGAUGAGGUCGUCAAGGCGAAGGAUGGCGCUGGGUCUGCGACUCUUUCCAUGGCUUAUGCCGGUGCUGAGUUUGCCACGAAGGUCCUGAAAGCGCUGAAUGGUGAGAAGGGUAUUGUCGCUCCCAGCUACGUACACUUGUCGGCGGACAAGGCCGGUGGUGAUGCGGUGAAGAAGGAGAUCGGCCAGGACUUGGACUACUUUUCGUCCAACAUCGAGAUAGGGCCCGAGGGUGUUGCAAAGAUCCUUCCUCUCGGCAAGCUGACCGACUUUGAGCAAAGUCUCGUAAAAGCUGCCGUGCCUGAGCUGGCGACAAACAUCGACAAGGGUGUGUCCUUUAUUACCUCGCCGAAGCUCUGAUCGCGGAUGAGGGUCGGAGGCCUGAGGCUGAAGUUGAAGUUGAACGCGAGUGUGUACGGUUAUAGAAACAGAAGUGUCAGAUUCUCGUUGUUCUGUUACAAGAGGAUACAAUCAAGCUUGUUAUGACUGGAUAG